UCUGGCGUUAAGUUGCUAAAAAUUACUAGUGUGUGAAAAAUUUUAAAUAAUUAUGGAAAAAAUCAAGUUUUUUAAAGAAAAAUUAAAGAAAUGCAUUAAAUAAAUAUUGCUGUUUAAUAUUAACUAAAGAAAUAAUAAAAAAAUAUUAUUUUAAAGUCGAUUUAUUUGAAAACAAAAUGGGUCAUACAAAGGCAAUUAACAAACCAGGAAAUUAAUUAAUCUUUUUCAAUCGCACACCAAUAUAAAACUGAAAUAACUUUGUAUAAAAAGUGUUUUUUUUAUAAAAACACAAAUCAUUAAAAGUUUUAGCAUUAAAUUUGCAAAAAUUUGUAUAGUUUUCAAAAAGAAAAAAUAUAUAAAAUAUGAAAAAUUUAAGAGAGUCACUAUGUAAUUAGAGCAUAUUUAGAAAAAUCUAUAAAUCAAAAGUAGAGCAAAAAGAAAAGUGAAGAAAAGUCAAUCAAAGAAUAUAACGAUCAAAACAAAAAAAUAAAAAUAAUGCAAAAUGUAAAUAAUAAAAUACAUUAGAAAUAUUUAACGAAAAAAAACUAAUCUAGUUAUUUUAACUAAAAUUAUAUAACAUAGAAAAAUAUUGUCAUGAAUAUUUUAAAUAAAACAAAGGGAGAAAUUUUUGCCAUAAAAACAUGUUAGCUAAAGAAACCAACGUUUGUUAACAUUCAACUCACCUGCAGCAAAUAUAUAGUGAAAGGGAAUUCAAAAUGGCGGAGGGUGGUAUAGGCAAUUGUAAACAAUCCACUCUAACGCCGGCAACAAGUGGCGAAUGUGGUGGUAACAACAUAGAAAUGAAUAAAAUCCAUGAACAAAAGGAGUUUAACACUGACAGUAGCAACAGCAGCAGCAACUGUCUUGCUACUUCUGCCACAGCUAAACAAAUAACAACAACAAAUAAUGUAAACAAUAGUAAUUUAACCACCCUAAAUAAUAGCAACAAUAACACACACAUAAGCAUGAACCACGACGAUAAUAAUGAUGACGAAGAUGACGAUGAGAGUAAUCAAACAUUUUAUGAAGCUGCCGGUGAACCGGAACUAGUAUUGACAUUUGAAAAAUCAUUGAAAACAACAAAUGACGUCACAUCAUCAUUAGCAGCUUUGCCGCCAACACCACCAUUCUCUCUGUAUGGUGUUAAUAAUGCAGAUACUAAUAAUAUUACUACUACUACUGCCAAUGUGCAAAAACACCAACUACAUUUGGAUGAAAAUUUUUUAAGUGUUCAAAUGGAUGAAAAUGCUGCUGCUGAUACAGUUUUAUGUGGCGAUGGUCUCAAUGAUUUAGAUGAAGAAUGUGAGGGUGCUGUGGGUAUUAUUUCUUCUAUAAAGGACGCAUUAAAAGAUGAGGAUGAAAAGGAGUUGAAACUUUUGUAUACGACACAAGAUGAUUUUAUUCAAGUGCAGCAAGAAGUGGAUGAGCAACAGCCUGUUGUGAUGAGGCGGAAACGAGACAAAUCUCUCAAAGACUUCAAUCACAUAAAUAAGACAAACUUCACCAGUGCCGAGGAAGAACAAGCCCAAAAGCAAAGACAGCAAACUCUGCUAACUACAAAAUCAUGUGAAACUCCAGCUUCUACAACAACACUCUCACCAACUAAUUCCUACAACGGAAGUAUUGGUAGUGACGGUGGAGGAAGUGUAGGAGGAGGGGCUCGUCGUAAAUCAUGGACUUUGUCGCCACAAAGUGGUACUUCAACACCCUUAAGUGGAGCUAAAAAGAAAGAAAAACGUUCUAGUGUAAAAUCACCAGCUUCCUCCACGCCAACAGCGGCGACAGCCACCGAUUCCUUUAACUUGUGGAUAGCACGUGAAUGUUAUGAAACAGUACCGGCAGAAACGGUAUUCGAAGUUGACGACACUACUCAAAAUAUAGUAAGACCAGCCAGUUUUACUAUAGAUGAAGAGGCUGAUGAAGAAGCGGCGGCAGUGGAAAGUUUAUUGGGGGCGGCGGCAGCUUUACACGCCUCAGCUAGCGCCAACAAGGAGGCCCAAAUACAUAGACGACAAAAACAUUUGCGACAGCCACAGCAUCGGCCGUUAGAAAGAUCUUGGCCACCGAGAGCUCUGGGUAGAGAUUUUCGUUUACAGGGGGAUGUAUUCAAAUUUGAUAUCUUAGAUACUGAUGAUUCUUUGGAGGCAGCUUAUGGUUCCUCCAAUGGAUUUGCUAGUAAUUCCAAUAGCUGCAAUAAUUCCCCUUUGUAUCUUCUGAACAGUGGCAAUUCUUCCUCUAACUCUAGUCCCCAAUAUGAGUUAAAUAAUGCCACACCUUCAUCGCCGGCCAUGAAAUUUAAACCUUUAAUUAAGAAGAAAAUUGGGCCAGAUAGUUAUAUUAAUACCAUAACCACCAAAAAAGUGCCAGCUACGGAAACGUAUGAAUUUCCAGCAUUCCCUACUAAAGAGACAACUUCCAUUAAUCAAUUUCCACAAACUCCACCCAAUACUUCCGCUGUAUCUUUGAGACAACAUAGGCCUCUUACUAGAACCCUUUCGAAUGGCAAGGCGGGUUAUGAAGAGCGUCAAUCACAAUCACCAAGUAGAUUAAUGUUGUCUCCCAAGCGGCACCGUAGCCCACCAUCAGGUUGCUCUACACGCAGUGCUUCACCAUUGGAUUUUCAAUUAUCACCAGAAGCCCAGGUAUUGGGACAAACACAACAGGUGUGCUCAUCCACAAAUGCUAUUGCUUCGGCCACACCUUUAAUACACAAUCGACCACAACAACGUUUGCUAAAACGUGUAGGCGGGGUGGGGGCAGGUGCUACAGCUGCAAAUUUAAUAUGUCCUCCAACACCAACCCAUCAUGCUCGACGUCAUGCCCGCAUGCAGGCUGCUGCAGCUGCUAAUAUGGCCAUUACUAAUAAUAACCUAGAUGACACUUAUAUUGGCUCUAGUCCAAGGGGUAGUGGGGGUGGAGUUGAGUCCUUAGGAGGUGGUGGUGCUACUGCUGUACAUACUAGUCAUUUAGAUUAUAAUUAUUUAUCUUCAAGAACACCACCUUCGUCGCCAGCCUUUCAAGGUUCUGCUAGCAUGCGUAAUGACGAACGUGUACGUACUGCUGAUAUUGUGCAAUUGCAAGGUAGCAAUACCACUGCUCAUUCCCAUCUAGAGGAUGUAGAAAAUGAGGAGGAUGAUGCUGAAAAUACUACUGAUGAUAUGGGUGUGGUGCAUAUAACUAGCACCCGUUUACCCUCUAUACCCGAAAGGGGAGCUGCUGGUGGUCUUUUGCGCACGAGCGCUAUUUUUUCAGCCGAAGCUGAUCCUGCUAAUGUACAAGUUGCUUCUGAACCUUUACCCCCUGCCUGGGAAGCUAGAAUGGAUAGUCAUGGACGUAUUUUUUAUAUUGAUCACACUACCAGAACUACAUCCUGGCAAAGACCAGGCUCUAAUGGCUCCGGUUCUCUGAAUGGUCCCAGUGGUCGAGAGCAACAUCAUCGCCAACAGCUAGAUCGCAGAUAUCAAUCUAUACGUCGUACUAUAACCAAUGAAAAUCGUUCCAAUGCUAUUGCUGCCGCUACAAAUAAUACCGCCUCCAACGUCAACGACUCCUCAACUCAACAGACCUCGCAAUCUUUAACACUCCAUCACCACCACAAUAAUAACCCAACUGCUUCAGCUCAAUCCGCUUUUAACUUUCAACAUGUCAAUCUCUCGGUACACCCAGCUGUUCUAAUGUUAUGCCGUCCGGAUUUUUAUUCCAUGCUUCAUACCAACGAAGAUGCAUUAGCCAUAUACAAUCGUAAUGCUGCCUUAAAACAUAUGGUUAUACGUAUACGUCGUGAUCCUUCGUGUUUUCAACGUUAUCAAUACAAUAAAGAUUUAGUUGCUCUCGUCAAUUCGUUUGCCCAACUUAAUCGUGAUUUACCCUCGUGUUGGGAGACCAAACUCGAUCAGUCGGGUAAACAAUUUUUCAUAGAUCACAAUAAUCGCCAGACUUCAUUUAUGGAUCCACGCUUGCCACUAGAGUGCCCACGCAUAAUACGUCAUCGUCAUCAACAGCAACCUUACGAUUCAAUCGAUGGCAAUUGUAUGUCAUCGGGCAAUCCUCCCUUGCCACCACCACGUCCUAUAUCGACGACAUCAACCUCAUCAGCAGCCUCAACAAAUCGUCAAAGUCAAUUUAUGCAAAAUGAUAAUAUGCCACAUUAUACGUCAUCUUCAUCGGCGUCAGCUUACAAUAAUGGUCCCAGUUCUUCGAGUGUUUCAGCUAAUAAUGGUUAUAAUGAGGUUCCUGUUGCCUACAAUGAAAAGGUUAUUGCAUUUUUGAGACAACCCAAUAUUAUAGAGAUUUUACGUGAACGUCAAGGUCAAAAUAACGUUUCACGAUCGUUAAGGGAAAAAAUAAAUAUUUUAAGAGUUGAAGGUGUACCAGCGUUGGAAAGAUUGGCGCAUGAUUUACAGCUAACAAUGUUAUUAAGUCUUUUCGAACAAGAAAUUAUGAGCUAUGUGCCCAUAGAAGAACGCAGUCCUCAGGGUUCACCCAUUUUGAAUUCACGCAUGCUACAGCGUGCACCACCACCAUUUCGACGUGAUUUCGAAGCCAAAUUAAGAUGUUUCUAUAGAAAAUUGGAGUCCAAGGGUUAUGGUCAAGGACCACAUAAAUUAAAAUUACAAAUACGUCGUACACAUUUGCUGGAAGAUGCAUUUCGUCGUAUUAUGUCAGCCAAUAAAAAAGACUUACAAAGAGGCCGUUUGGCCGUCUUAUGGGACACCGAAGAGGGUCUCGAUUAUGGAGGACCAUCUAGAGAAUUUUUCUUUUUAUUAUCGCGAGAACUAUUCAAUCCCUACUAUGGACUGUUUGAAUAUUCCGCCAAUGAUACUUACACCGUACAAGUUUCACCAUUAUCGGCCUUCGUUGAUAACUGUCACGAUUGGUUCCGUUUUAGUGGUCGUGUUUUAGGCCUGGCCUUAGUCCAUCAAUAUCUAUUGGAUGCAUUUUUCACGAGGCCAUUUUAUAAAGCUUUAUUAAGACUUCCCGUAGCUUUAAGUGAUUUAGAAUCAUUAGACAAUGAAUUUCAUCAGUCAUUACAAUGGAUACGUGAUAAUGACAUUGGAACCGGCAUAGACUUGGGCUUAACAUUCUGUGUAACAGAAGAGCUAUUGGGUCGUGUGGUGGAGAGAGAACUUAAGCCGGGUGGCAAAAAUAUAAUUGUCAAUGAGAAGAAUAAAAAAGAAUAUCUCGAACGCAUGAUUAAAUGGCGUUUGGAGAGGGGUGUGCAAGAACAAACGGAAUCAUUAGUACGUGGCUUCUAUGAAGUUGUUGAUUCUCGUUUAGUUUCGGUAUUCGAUGCCCGUGAAUUGGAAUUGGUUAUAGCUGGUACGGCUGAAAUCGAUAUUAACGAUUGGCGUCUAAACACCGAAUAUCGUUCCGGUUAUCAUGAUAAUCAUCAGGUUAUCAUAUGGUUUUGGCAAGUUAUCGAAAAAUUUACCAAUGAACAGCGAUUACGUCUCUUGCAGUUUGUCACCGGCACCUCUAGUAUACCCUAUGAGGGUUUCUCAGCCCUCAGGGGUUCCACCGGACCCCGGAGAUUUUGCAUUGAAAAAUGGGGUAAACCGAAUGCUUUGCCCAGAGCUCAUACCUGUUUUAAUCGUUUAGAUUUACCACCAUAUCCUACACCGGAAUUACUCUAUGAAAAAUUACUAUUGGCUGUCGAAGAAACAAAUACUUUUGGUAUCGAGUAAGUAAGUGAGUGGUUAUUAAA